GAGAGAAAAUCUCCGUGAGAUGUCAGUUCGCCUGCCUGCUUGAAGGGACAGAGGGACGCAGCGAUGAAGUUCUUCUCUGUGUUUGUCUCUGCUGUUUUGGUCUGUGUUGUCAGUGCGGGGAUUCCUCAUGAUGGAAUACAUUGGACAUACUCAGAGGGAGCUUUGGACCAGAUGCACUGGCCAAUCAAGUACCCUGCAUGUGGAGGUAAGAAGCAGUCUCCAAUCGACAUCCAGCGGCGCAACGUGAGGCACAACCCGGACAUGCUGCAGCUGGAGCUCAAAGGGUAUGAUGCUCAGAGAGGGAACUUCCUCAUGUCCAACAACGGACACUCCGUUCAAAUUGACCUGCCUCCCACCAUGGCGAUCAGCAAGGGUCUCCCUGGAAAAUACACAGCCGUGCAGAUGCACCUGCAUUGGGGUGGCUGGGACCUGGAGGCCAGCGGAGCAGAGCACACUGUAGAUGGUAUCCGCUACAUGGCAGAGCUCCAUGUCGUCCAUUACAACUCUGACAAGUACAAGAGCUUCACUGAAGCCAGAGAUAAACCAGACGGGCUGGCAGUCCUUGCCUUUUUCUAUGAUGAUGGGCAUUUUGAGAACACCUACUACAGUGACUUCAUCUCUAACCUGGACAAAAUCAAGUAUGCAGGUCAGUCCAUGAACAUUUCGAGCAUCAAUGUGCGCGCCAUGCUCCCAGAGAACCUCAACCACUUCUUCAGGUACCAGGGCUCCCUCACCACUCCGCCCUGCUACGAGAGCAUCCUGUGGACUGUGUUUGAUACUCCCAUCACUCUUUCACACAACCAGAUCAGGAAACUGGAGAGCACUCUGAUGGACAUUGACAACAAGACUCUGUGGAAUGAUUACCGCAUGGCUCAGCCGCUCAACGACAGAGUAGUGCAGUCUUCUUUCCUGCCACGCCUCGGGAAAGGAACUUUUUGUCGGCAGGAUGAGAUUGAAUCUAGGCUCCUGAAGAUCGAGGGUCUGAUUACGUCUCUUGGAAAGCAUGUGACGUCAGGUCGAACUCAUAGCUCAAGGCCUACAAGAUAUGAACCUCGUGGACUGUUCCCUCUGGUGCUCCGCUUCCAAGAGAAAAACUCAGGUGGUUAUGCUUUGGCCCGCCCCAACCACCCCAUGGAACUGGAUUCCUUUACCAUCUGCAUGCACCUCCUUCCUCAGCUAGACGGCGUACAUACCGUCAUCGCCUACUCCAGUAACGGCAAAGAGAACGAGCUGGCCGUCUCCAUCGGCGAGGACAGAGAUGCAAGAGAAGUGGGCCUCUGGAUCGGCAAUGAGUUCGUCAACCUGCCGCACAACUUCAAGUCCCACGACUGGGCCAACUAUUGCAUCACCUGGUCAUCGCACAUGGGCGGAGCGGAGCUGUGGAUCAACGGGAAGGUGGGGGAGCAGCGAUACCUGAAGAGCGGCUACAACGUCAGCCCAGGUGGUGUGUUUAUUCUCGGCAUGGACCAGGAUGGAUUACUGGGAAUCUCCCACGCCAAAGCCUGAGGUAUGAUGACCGAUGUCAACGUGUGGGACUAUGUCCUGACCACGGCAAACAUCCGGGACCAGAUGUCAUGUGAGAGGAACAGCACUGUGGUGGGAAAUGUGUUCAGCUGGGGAAACUCCAAACUCAGCAUGUAUGGUGGGGUGCAGUUGGACUCUCAGUACAGAUGCUCCUGAAGAAGAUUGGCUGAUUCUGAUCGAUUAAAAAAAAAAAUCAAUGGUAUGCGGUGAUUUAACUUUUUUUAAAUGGGAUGAAGGAUAUACUGUCUUUUAUGUAUCUGUAAGUCAUUUUAAAAUUCAAAAUGUAUCUUAUAACUUCAUUGUAUCCAUGCAUGAAAAAUAAAGUUUUUCAAGUGA